AUGUUUGAAAAUAUGAAGAGAAGUAGCUUUGAAGUGUUGGGAAUGUGCUGUGCUACAGAAGCAGCUCUGGUUGAAAGAAUUGUGAAGCCUCUUCAUGGAGUCAAAGAUGUUUCAGUGAUAGUACCUACCCGAACAGUUACCGUGGUCCAUGAUGUUCUCUUGAUUUCUGAGUCACAAAUAGCUGAUGCACUGAAUGCUGCAAGGCUUGAAGCAAGUUUGAGACUACAAGGAGAGACUGAUAGUGAAAAGAAAUUGCCAGAUUUAACUACAAUAGUGUGUGGCCUUUUACUGGCAGUUUCUUUCUUGAAAUAUGUAUAUCCCCCUUUGGGAUGGUUGGCUCUUGGUUCUGUUGUCAUUGGCUUCCCUAAGGUUCUAUUCAGGGCCAUAGCUUCCAUUAAGGCUCUUACUCUUAAUAUCAACAUUCUGGUUCUAUUGGCAGUGUGUGGUACUGCUGCUUUACAAGAUUUUUGGGAGGCUGGAGUCAUCAUCUUCCUGUUCUCCAUUGCUCAAUGGCUUGAGACAAGAGCAACUCACAAGGCAAUGGUUGCAAUGUCAUCUUUAACAAGCAUGGCUCCUCGAAAGGCCGUUAUUGCUGAAACUGGGGAACGUGUUGACGUCAACGACGUUAAAAUCAAUAGCAUACUUGCAGUCAAGGCUGGUGAUGCUAUUCCUCUUGAUGGAAUCGUGGUAGAAGGAAAGUGUGAAGUUGAUGAAAAGAUGUUAACAGGAGAAUCAUUACCCGUUAUCAAAGAGUUAGAUUCAGUUGUGUGGGCUGGAACUAUUAAUGUGAAUGGAUAUAUAAGUGUAAAAACUACUGUUUCGGCAAAAGACACAGUGGUGGCUAGAAUGUCAAAACUUGUUGAAGAGGCUUCAAGUAGAAAAUCUAGGACACAAAGAUUCAUAGAUAAUUUUGCAAAGUACUAUAUUCCUGCUGUUGUCUUGAUUUCUGCUAGCAUUGCAAUGAUUCCAGCUGCAUUAGAAGUUCCUGACAUUACGCCUUGGCUUCAUCUGGCAAUUGUGGUUUUAUUAAGUGCAUGCCCUUGUGCUCUCAUCCUCUCCACACCUGUUGCAAUCUUUUGUGCUCUCACAAAAUCUGCAAUAAGUGGUUUACUAUUGAAAGGUGGAGAUUAUAUUGAAACACUUUCUGGAAUUAAAACAGUGGCUUUCGAUAAAACUGGCACCAUAACAAGAGGAGAGUUCACUGUGACAGAUUUUUCUGUUGCUGUAGAUGACAUUAGCAUUGAAUCUUUAUUGUACUGGGUUUCAAGUAUUGAGAGUAAAUCAAGUCAUCCUAUGGCAGCUGCACUAGUGGAAUGUGGAAUGUCACAUUCUAUCAAACCAAUCCCUGAAAAUGUGGAGAAUUUUCAAAAUUUUCCAGGAGAAGGAGUUUUUGGUACAAUUGAUGGAAAGGAUAUCUAUAUAGGCAAUAAAAGAAUUGGUGCAAGAGCUGGCUGUGAAAGAGUUGAUAGUCACAUCCAAUUUCAAAGCCAUGGAAAUUCUACCCCGAAACAAUGCUGUGGACCAACUCUGGUUGGAGUCUUCAGCUUAGCUGAUGCUUGCAGAUCAGGGGCUUUGGAGGCAAUAGAAGAGCUAAAGUUGUUAGGUGUGAGAACAGUCAUGCUAACAGGAGAUAGCACUCAGGCUGCUAUGUAUGUUCAGAGUCAGUUGAACCAUGCCCUUGACAUUGUCCAUGCAGAGCUUCUACCUGCAGAUAAGGCAGUGAUCAUUGAGAAUUUCAAGAAAGAUGGGCUAACAGCCAUGAUUGGAGAUGGCAUGAAUGAUGCUCCUGCACUAGCCACAGCUGAUAUUGGCAUUUCAAUGGGAAUAUCUGGUUCAGCUCUUGCGAAUGAGACAGGCAAUGCAAUUCUCAUGUCGAAUGACAUCCGAAAAGUACCUGAAGCCAUUCGGCUAGCGAGAAAAACUACUAGAAAACUCAUUGAGAAUGUCAUUAUUUCAGUUGGCUUCAAGAGUGCAAUACUUGCACUGGCAAUUGCAGGAUACCCUAUAGUUUGGCUUGCUGUGUUGACUGAUGUUGGAACCUGUUUACUUGUGAUUCUGAAUAGCAUGUUACUAUUACAAGAGAAGCCCAAAUAUGAAAGAGAAUCUACAAGUUCUAAAUACCGAAGUUUCUUUGGAGAUAUGACUAUAACCCUACUUGACAAGCAAAGUAAUAGCAAUGAGAGAAAACCGCUUCUUAGUGCUGAAAAGUGUGGUAAAGAUUGUUGUGAAAACAACGCUUACAGUGUGGCAACUACAAGCAAGGAUGAAUCUUCUGGACUUUCGAAGAUGAGCUCACUCAAGGGAAACCACAACAAUGGAAACUUGGUCUCUAUUGAAGUUCAUAUAGUGAAACCUUGUAAUGGUUUCUGUCUAGGCAAAGUUAAAAUGUGUGAGGACUCCUCAUGCAGAACAAAUAAUGCCUCUGAUUGUUGCCAAUUGAAAUUUAAGACUGAAAAAUGUGACACAGGUUCUGAUGUUACACAAGAUGCCAGCAUUGCCACCUUGGAGUCUGAUUAUAAGGAAAAGUCUAUGGAUAUUUCAGAGUUUUAUGGGACAAGUGGGAUCACCAAGUGCUGCAAGAACUCAUGUUGCAAUGGUAGUGUUAACGAUAUUAUAAGUAGCCUUAGCCAGCCAGAAAUUAUCAUCGAGUGAUAAUAGUUUGAUUAGUUUCUGCAUGGGGAUUUAAAAAAAAAAUGGUUUUCUUUAUUCAUUUUAUUGAUUUAUUUUAAAUCAAAAAGACAUGAGACUUAAAACCCAAGGAUGUAGGGAUGGAUCCACAAUUAUAUAUUGCUGAUAUUUGAAAACCCAAAAUUUAGGAAGUCCCAAGAAUGUUGUUGUAGAAUAAAUUCAAACUAUAACUACUUUUUGUUAGUAAUUUAGUAGCGGAUACGAUAGAGUUAAAAAACACAA